UUAGGACGGCAGCCUGGUGCCGCGGAUUUCUUCCGGUAUGACCUCUAAGAUUGCGCGCGCUGGCAGGGUAUGCUCCAGCGGCUCCGCCCGUCCCAUCGCGCGGUCUGCCUUCUACAGCAUCCUCCGCAGCCGCUAGAGCAGGCGCGAACUUUCUGCUGGGGAGCGUGCUGUAUGGGAUGAGACGGCCGGAGCAAAACGUGCCAGCGCGCGCAAUCUCGAAGGCCAUGCUUCCGGUGGCGUUUGCGGCGGCCUGCGGACUUCUGCUGGCCACAAUUUCUCCAUAUGCUUACGAGGCCUUUGUCGGGUACUAUCAACAUUGGUACUACUCCAGUGAUCCGGAGGCAAUGGCGACCGAGCUGUUUGAAGAGUUUUGGCAGUGGAGGCUGAAGGAUAGCCCCGAGUUCGCCACCAUGGUCGGCUUUCACGGUUACGACCACCUGUUGGAGUCAUACUCGAUCAAGUCGUUUCAAGACAGGAAAGAGAAAGUACAGUAUUUCCUCAGAAAGGCAGAAGAGCUACCCAAGUUGGAGGACCAGUGGUCCAUAUCAAGCCUGAACAUUCUGAUUGAUGGGCUGGAUGGCUACCUUCGUGGUCUUGACACACAUGGCCACCUUUAUCCAAUCACCUUCAUUGAAGGAGUCCAUGUGGACAUCUUCCAGACCAUUGACUACAUGGUGUUCAAUUCUGUGGAGGACUUCAAGAAAUUAUUAUCCAGAUAUGAGAAACUUCCUAAGCAGCUUGAAGAAAUCACAGAACUGAUGAAGGAAGGCAUCAAACUUAAGAAAACUGUGCAUGCUGUGUCUAUGAAACAUGUCCUGGAAAGGCUAGCCUCAUUUGAAGGGCCAGCUGAAAAGUCCGAGUUCUUUCAACGCUUUGAAAAGUAUCCCGAUACCAUUUGCGAACAAGACAGGAAAGUUCUCAGGCAAGACGCAGUGAAAGUAAUAGAAACAUCAGUGCUGCCUGCCUUCAGUAAGCUAAGAAAGUUCAUUAAAGAGGAGUAUGUGCCUCACCUAAGGCCAGAGAUUGCAGCCACCUCCCUACCAGCUGGCGAAGCCUACUACAAGGAGUGUCUGCGCUACCACCUUGAGCUUGACCUCAGUCCUCAGGAGGUGCAUCAGUUGGGCCUAGAUGAAGUGAAGAGGAUAUCUGGCAACAUGAAGCAGAUUGUCAAGUCCCUGGGUUCCGAUGCAAGCCCAAAAGAAUUUUCUGCAAUGAUCCGCAAUGAUUCAUCUUUCCUGUGCAAAUCAAGUGAGGAGGUUGUAAGGAUGUAUGAACAGUUGCUUGAAAAAGAAAUCAACCCAAAGCUGCUAACUAUUUUCCCUUCAGUGCCAAAAUCCCCUCUCAGAGUUCAGCUUCAAGAUGCCUCCAAGUCUGGUGGGCCAUGUGCCAUGUACAUUCAGGGCACACCCGAUUUCUCUCGCCCUGGAAUAUUCUAUGUCAAUGCCGCCGACCUGACCCGAUCGCCGAAGUACCUCAUGGCUGCAUUGGCAUUGCAUGAAGGUAACCCUGGUCACCAUUUGCAGGGCUCUUAUGCCAUGGAGCUGCCUGGCAUGCCAUACUUUCGAAACCAGAUUGAAGACCGGCGCUACAAUGAUGGGCCUGUGCACUUCCCUCUCCACACUGCCUAUGUUGAGGGCUGGGGCUUGUACAGUGAAUACCUUGGCUAUGAGCUAGGUGUUUACAAAACCCUCUAUGACAAGUUUGGACACCUGUCCCAAGAAAUGCUUCGUGCCUGUCGCCUUGUGGUUGACACAGGGAUGCACGCACUUGGUUGGUCCAGGGAGAAAGCAGUACAGUAUUUACUAGAGCACACUUCAUCUAGCCAAGCUGAAGUGGAAAGCGAGAUUGACCGCUACAUCACCUGGCCCGGACAGGCAUGUGCUUACAAAGUUGGUGAGCUGAAGAUCAAACAGUUGCGCCAGAAAGCACAGGAUUCACUAGGAGCAAAAUUUGAUGUCCGAGCAUUCCACAAGGUCAUCCUUGACAAUCCUGGCCCACUGACCUUCCUAGAAAAGCAAGUCAACAAGUACAUUGUGGAAACAAAGGGUCAUUAAGACAGGAGCUGCAACAGGCUGGUGCGAUAUUUCCAAGACCUCAUAAGCACAAGACUUCAUAAAACCACAUAUUUUGUUUCAGUUUGCUCUUGAGCCAUGGAAUGCACAGUACUCCAUCCAUGGCUUACCUCAUUCUUGUCUUAAAUAAUUUUGAAAUCUAGUAAGUUGUACUAGGAAACAGUAGCAGAAAUGUGGGUGGAAUGGGUUGGCACGCUUUCCUACUCUGACUUUCACCACUGUUGAAAAUGUAUACAUCUAAACUUAGAAUAUGGUGCAGCCUGCAUGAUGUAGUGCAAAUUACAGGGUUAGAGACAAUUUAGAUAGUGACAGACGAAUAUUGUAAGCAGCUGAAACCUCCGCCUUGACAUGCUAUUACCAUUACUUUUGCACCAUCAAUAACAUUGAGUAUCAUCUAUUUUGUAAUUAUACCACCAUCAAUUUGUAAAAUUGGAUCAUUCGGGCACACUUUUUAGUCCUGGCCUUAUUCUGUGACACAGAAAACUUGUUAGUUCAGAGUUUUGGACAUGUUCAUUUGCAAGCCAGUCAAUUAAUGAAAAAAGGAAAUGCAGCCUGCACAAAGCAUUCAGAUGAAGUGGCAGUGAUGGUGAACAGACCAAGCGAAAAUGGCGCUAGCAUACAGUCUGAACCAGAUGCUGCCAAAUUGAAGCCUGAAGCAGCAGAGUAUGCAUUGACGAGAUUGUUGCUCUGAAAAGAACCAUGGACACUAUACCCAGCUCCUCCAUUUGCAUAUUGCCUCGCCUGCUUGCAGGUCUUGCGCACAAAGACAGGUUUGACAAACAAUUCUUUCAUUCCCGUAAUGUGAAACGCAUACAAUCUGACAGACAUGGCGGAAAUUUCCGAUAAAAAGCAUUGUGGAUGCUUCAAGCAAGGGCUGCACGCUACCAUUCAACAUGAUGAUUACAUUGCCAUUAAUGCCACCCUGUUAACUUCAUGUUAUCUGUCCUUGCAGCCAGCACAUUCAUAAUGAAGUAAUUGGGAGAUGUGGUGAGGGGUUGUGUGAAGCAACGUUCAAAUGAAGGUGCGCAUGGCACACUAUCAUUACUGCUGUCACACGGUGUUCGGCAGUGUCCCAUGUGAAUUCUCUGUAAAGGUCCCUCUACAUCAUUUGGAUAAGUUGGCAAAAAUUGUUUUUCCACAGAUUUCAAGCAAAACAUGAACAAGCAUAACAGGAUGCUUUGGUUUUCUUCUUACUUUAUUGGUUUUUGUUGUUAUGAUUUUUUAAUAAUUUGACAUUCUGACACUUUUUUUCACUGCUAUAAAAUCCUAAUUAAAGAGCUUUUAUUGUACUUGAUGCAAAACCAUACAUGUGUUUUUCUUUAGUACAUGUGCUUCCUUGAUUUCUUCUUGAUGCAUAAAUACAACUACACUUUAGUUAGCAAAUUCCUAGACAGUGGAUGUGUUAUGCCUGCAAUGUUAUGCUUUCAUUUUUGUCUUUAUUGCCAGUAAGAUUGAGUUUGGUUUGCCGAUGCUCGACUGCUGUUGCAAUAAGCAGCAUAGGCUGUGGUGUCAGGUUGAGUGUCUUUGGGAAUGCCUUUAAUUUGUUUUGUACGGCAAAUUUCUUCAGUAAUAAAGCUUCAAACAACUGUU